AUGGCAGAGAGUGUUGUAUUCUCUGUUGCACGAUAUCUUGGUGGCUUGCUAGCGCAGGAAGCAGAAAUAUUAGGCGGGGUGGCCAAUCAAAUUGUGAAUAUCAAAGAUGAAAUGCUACGGAUGCAAUGCUUCUUAAAAGAUGCAGAUGCAAGACAGGAUGAAAGCGAUCUUGUUGGUAAUUGGGUUUCAGAAAUCAGAGAGCUUGCUUACGAUGUGGAGGAUGCCAUAGACAGCUAUAUUCUCAAAGCAAAAGCUGCAAGCUUUUUAAAUCCAAAGAAAUAUAUACGACUUCACAAAAUUGGGAAGGAGAUCGAAAUGCUUCAAUCCAAGAUCCAGGCCAUCACUCGUAGUGUAUCAACUUAUGGAUUCAUAAGGACUGACCCAGGACAAGGAACAAGCUCUACAAGAGGGAUACGACAACAGUUGAGACAAUCCUGUCCGCAUUAUGAUGAUGGGGAUGUUAUCGGCAUAGAAGACAACAUUAAUGUAUUGAUUGCAGAGUUGAUCAAUAAGGAGGGCCCCCAUCUAGUUUCUAUUGUUGGGAUGGGGGGACUGGGUAAAACUACCCUUGCGAUAAAAGUUUACAAUCAUAAUGAUGUUAAGCGUCAUUUUGAUUGUUGUGCUUGGAGUUUUAUUUCCCAACAAUACCAAGGAAGAGCUAUUUUGCAGGAAAUCAUAAGGAAAGUAGGCAAUCAAACAGGAGUUGAGACGCUAAAUGAUGGAGAGUUGAAGGAGAAGCUUUACAAGCAAUUGGAGGAUAAGCUGUAUCUGUUGGUCCUCGAUGACAUAUGGAGCAAAGAGGCUUGGGAUGUUCUAAAACCUGCAUUUCCCAAAGGAAAGAAGGGAAGCAAAAUAAUGCUCACCACUAGAAUCAAAGAUGUGACUCUUUAUGCAGAUCCAUCAGGCUUUCUCCAGGAAUCUAGGUGUUUAACAGAGGAACAGAGUUGGGAACUGUUCUGUAAGAAAGCUUUUCUUUCCAAGAAUGUUGCUUCAAGUUCUUCUUCUUUAUACCAUCUAGAAGAAGAAAAGAAGAAGUUGGGAAGGGACAUGGUAAAAAAAUGUGGAGGUCUACCUCUAGCAGUUGUUGUAUUAGGAGGCUUGCUAGCAACAAAGAAGUCAAUUCAUGAAUGGGAGACGGUGGCUAAAGACAUUAUCAGGUACCUAAACAAAGUCGAAAAGAAUCAAGAACAAUAUGGUGUUUCAUGGAUAUUGUCUUUAAGCUACCAUGAUUUACCUUCUUACUUAAAGUCAUGCUUUCUCUACUUCAGCCUUUACCCAGAGGAUACUGAAGUCCAUAAAAAGGAAUUGAUCCAAAUGUGGAUAGCUGAAGAUUUUGUGCAGCAUAAUGGACAAGAAACAACAAAGGAGGAAAUGGGAGAACAAUACUUGCUGGAGCUGAUUAAUAGGUCAAUGGUUCAAGUGGGUGAAAGGAGCUCCCGCGGUAAAGUCAAAACAUGCCGCUUGCAUGACUUGAUGCGAGACUUUUGCUUGUGGAAGGCAAAACAAGAGAAUUUCCUUUGUACUUUUGGUGGUGGAAGCUCAACAGGCGAUGAUUCUUCUUCUUCUUCCACUGCUUCUGGGAUGGAACAACUGACUUAUUGUUCCUUAUGGUGGUAUGGUCUUACACAAGAUAACAAACCAUUGCGAAUGGAUGGAUUGAAGAAUCUCUUGAGUCUGAAGCUUGGUUGGGGAAAAAAGCUGCAGCUAGAAUUUGCUCUACCAAAAUUGGUAAAUUUGCGAACAUUGGUUUUACAUGAAAUCGACAGUACUGAUUUUUCCGAUGACUAUGACUGGUCACCACUUUCUCACUGUCGUAGCCUAUGGAAACUGUAUCUAUUUGGAGGGCUAAGGAAGUUGCCAAAGUUGGAAGAAUUCCCACCAAAUCUGAAAAAGCUAAAGUUGAAUCCAUCUCACUUGAAAGAAGAUCCAAUUCCAACUUUAAAAACGCUACCAAACUUGGAAAGUUUAACACUGGCAAAAGUAUAUUUUAUUUCUUUGUGGAGGGCUCGUGUUUCAUAUUAUGGUGGCCAUGAUAAAAUCCCAAAAUAUUACUUCCCCAUAGAGGGGUUUGGAAGACUUCAAUACCUACGACUAUAUAAGCUGGAGUUGGAGGAAUUGGAAGUGGAGGAGGGAGCAUUGCCAUGUCUUCUGGAACUACGGAUCGAAAGAUGCUACAUGUUAAGAAUGCUUCCUGAAGGAUUAAGAUUCAUCACUGCCCUCAACAAAAUGGAGAUAAUAAGCAUGCCAAUUACAUUCUAUGAAAGGGUUCGAGAAUAUGGGGAGGAUUGGCCCAAAAUCCAACACAUACCCUCCAUCAUUAUGCGAUGA